UGGCACACUUCGCCUCAGCUGGGGUCGCCUCAUUCCUGCUAAGAUGGCGGACAAGUCAGCUCGUAUUGUCGUAGUAUUUGGCGCCACUGGGACCCAGGGGGGUCCUGUUGCCAAAGCCUUAGCAGGAGACCCCCAGUACAAAGUGCGAGCUGUCACUCGUAACCCUGGUAGCGCCAAAGGCAAGGCUCUGAGCCAGAUAGGUUGUGAGGUCGUCAAGGCAGACAUUGACGACGUGGCGUCCCUGAAGUCGGCUCUGAGCGGCGCCUAUGGCUGCUUUGCCGUCACCAACUGGUGGGAGUACUUUGACAAAGAGAAAGAAAUUCAGCAGGGCAAAAACAUUGCCGACGCAUGCGCAGACUGUGGUGUGAAGCACCUAGUCUUCAGCAGCCUGGACGCAGCAGAGAAACUGAAGGGUAUUUCCGUGGCCCACUUUGACGGGAAAGCGGCUAUUGAGGAAUAUAUGAAAGCAAAAGGAAUUCCCCACACGGUUGUGCGGUAUGCCUUCUACGCCGAGAACCUUUUCGGUAUAAUGAAACCCCAAAAGACACAGGACGGAAAUUUUGCUUUGGGGAUACCAAUGGGAGAUGUUCCUAUGCACAUGAUCGUGUGCGCAGACGCGGGAGAGUGCAUCCAUCAGUUGUUCAACAACCCCAGGGAGUGGACCGGGAAGUCUCUGGGGCUCGCCAGCUGGAUAUACACCAUAGACCAAUACUGCGACAUGUUCAGCAAGAUUCUGGGAGUCACUGUCGUUAAUCCCAAGAUGACAGCUGAACAGAUGGCAGGGUUUGGUUUCCCCGGUGCCAAUGACUUGGCCAAUAUGUUUCGGUUCUACCAGUGUGGAAUCGACAGGAAUCCAGAAGAAUGUAAGCGGCUAAACCCAAAGAUGGCGACCCUGGAGCAGUGGGUGACAGCGAACAAAGAAGCUCUUUUAAAAGCCUGGAAUGCGUAAUAUCGUGAUCUAGGUCGCUGGGAUUUUGCAAAGAUCUUGUUUGGAUUGGAAUACGAGAUGUGUCGUUGUCGAGAAUUUUUCAUUAAAAGCACAAUUUUUAAAACAUAGUAUUACGACAAAUACUGCGAUUUCUUGGAAGACACAGUGUGACAUUUUAACCGUCAAACAUGAUGAAUUUGUUAUAUAACCAAGCUUACUGAUGCGUUUUGUUUGUUCCUAGGCCAUACAUGUAUUUGUGUCUUUAGUCCCCUGUAUUGUGUUGUCUAACAACUGGGGU